CUACACCGGACCACGCCUCAAAUUUGGGGAAAUGAAGGGCGCAUUUGAGGCUGCAUUUGGAGUACACUUCGGAUUGGGACACCCUUCGUCGCGUCGCUGUGACGUAAUCGGUCUGCAAAUGCGCACUACGCUGUGACGUCGCACGAGCGCUCAGUAGUGAUAGUAACAGUACUUCCUCUCUCAUCCAAGCCGGAGCACGCGCUGCGUAGUCUUGCCCGCUGCCGCCUCAUGGACCCUCCGUUCCACGCACCGAGCCCCGGCUUGCUCCGCGCCGAGCCCCGAAGGAGGUCAGAGGACAGCACCGCUACUGCAGUACUACCACAGAGUACACGCUGAGAGUACACAGGUGAGCCAGCAGCGCCCACUCACCUGGACUCCAUCCAGCAGCAGGAGUACUACUGCAGUACUACAGGAGGUCAGUAUGGGGAGCACGGCUGAGAGGAGGGAGGAGGAGGAAGAGAGGAGCGACAGGAGGAAGAGGAGGAGACCGCUGAGGCUCCACAUGCCUGACCUGAGCGUCUUCACCAUGCCCUUCCUGGACGGAGACCCGGGCCGAGCUGAGAGGGACGGCGGCACUAAGCAGGGGGAGCCCGUGUGCCACUCUGCCAGCCCCACCAGGAGCUUCUUCCAUCGGUCUCCCUUCAGCCGACCCUCCAGCCCACGCUCCGCCCCCGCCAGGACCUCCAGCUCCAAGACCAGCCCCAGCUCUCCUAAAACCCUCUUCCCCUACCAGCCCAGACCCCCGCAGCUGGACUCACCGCCCAAAUCCCCACACAGGCUGAGUUUCAGUGGGAUCUUCAAGUCUGCCUCCAGGGAUUCAAACCAACAACCCUCAUCCUCCCCCGUCAGCAUCAAACUGUUCAGCCGCAACAAGAGAGACAAGGCCAGAGCCAACAGUCUGUCCUCCCCUCCUCUUCCUCCCCCUUCUGCUCCUCUGGUCUUUCGUCAGGAGGAGGUGAGUGUUUUCCAUCUGGAGACGUACCUGACGGAGCCGAGGCGUCCGGAGACCAGGAGGCUGCGCUCCUUCUCUUCGCCCCCCGACACCGGCCAGCAAGUCUCUACGUUCUCCUCUGCCUCCUUCACCUCCCUCUCCUCCUCCUCCUGCUGUCAGAAGCCUCCACCGGCCCCGCCUCCUGUGGCAUCUCCUCCUCCUGCUCCCCCUGUUGGGACGCUGGUGGAGGUUGCAGACACCAUGUCGGAGCAGCCGGACCCCGAUGAUGCCGCGUCCGAGGCGUCAGAGAGAGACAUCUACAUGCGCUUCAUGAAGUGCCACAAGUGCUACGACAUCAUCCCCACCAGCUCCAAGCUGGUGGUGUUCGACACCACGCUGCAGGUGAAGAAGGCGUUCUUCGCUCUGGUGGCCAACGGCGUGCGAGCCGCUCCACUGUGGGAGAGCAAGAAGCAAAGCUUUGUGGGAAUGUUGACCAUCACUGACUUCAUCAACAUCCUCACCAGAUACUACAAGUCCCCCAUGGUGCAGAUCUACGAGCUGGAGGAGCACAAAAUCGAGACGUGGAGAGAGCUCUACCUGCAGGAGACCUUCAAACCCCUGGUCCACAUCUCACCUGAUUCCAGCGUGUUCGAGGCUGUGCACUCGCUCAUCAAGAACAAGAUCCACCGUCUGCCCGUCAUCGACCCGGUCAGCGGGAACGCCCUCUACAUCCUGACGCACAAGAGGAUCCUCAAGUUCCUGCAGCUGUUUGUGUGUGAGAUGCCCAUGCCGGCCUUCAUGAAGCAGACUCUGGAGGAGCUCGGCGUGGGGACGUACACCAACAUCGCCUACAUCCACCCCGACACGCCACUCAUCACCGCCCUCUCCGUGUUCACGCACCGCCGUGUCUCCGCCCUCCCCGUUGUCGAUCACCACGGUAAAGUGGUGGACAUCUACUCCAAGUUUGACGUCAUAAACCUGGCAGCAGAGAAAACCUACAACAACCUGGACGUGACGGUGACUCAGGCGCUGAGGCACCGCUCCCAGUACUUCGAGGGAGUGAUGAAGUGCAACAAGCUGGAGACGCUGGAGACCAUCGUGGACCGCAUCGUGAAGGCCGAGGUUCACCGGCUGGUGGUUGUCGAUGAAGAGUCUCGCAUUGUCGGUAUUGUCUCUCUGUCUGACAUCCUGCAGGCACUGGUCUUAACCCCUGCAGGUCUGGGGAGGAAGGAGUCUCUCCCCCCUCAGCCGACAGCUCUGGACUCAGCGGGACCGGAGCAGGGCCGAAACCAAGACCAGAACCAGGACCUGGGAUCGGCGCCUGGAACAAAUCCAGAGACAGAAAGUAAACCCGAGUCAAAUCAGCAGGAGGAGAAGGAGGCCAGGGACCCCGAAAUAGGAGGAGAGACUGAUGCUGCAGAGACAGAGAGAGAGAGAGAGGAGGAGAAGGAAAAUGAGGAGAGAGAGGAGGGGGGAGAGGAUAAAGAUGAGGAAACAGAAGGAGAGAAAGAGGAGAGGGAGGAGGUGACAGAAGGAGAGGAAGAUGGAGGAACAACAGAGGUGGAGGCUGAGGAGGAGACCAAAGAGAAGGCAGAGAGAAACAAUGAUGAGGAGAUGGAGGGAGACAGAGGGGGAGGGGCAACAGAUGAGAGAGAGGGAGGAGAAACAGAGAUGGAGGCUGAGGAGGAGGACAGAGGGGUGGGAGGGCGUGAGGAAGAGGACGAGGGCGAUGGUAACGAGGGGGGAGGUGAAGAGAAAGGUGAGGUGGAGGAACAGCCAGAUGAAGGAGUGAGAGAGGAGGAGGGGAUGCCAGAAGGAGGCGGGGAUGGGGAGGCGGUGUGACAUCAUCGCCCGGCUUCUCUGGACUUUCAUCACGGCUUGCCGCGCUCCUCUCGAGCUGACCACCAUAGAAGAAGAAGAAGAAGGGGCGGGAUGCACAGUGCAGGCAUAUGAUUGGACAAGUCUUCUGGGGGUGGGCGGGGCCUGUGGGUGAUUCAUGUAUGCUAGAUCCAAUCAGGGAUCUCUGCUGGUCUCUUUAUUUGAUCCUCAAACUUUAAUGUUGACAAACUGUCACGUGUUUCAUCGACAAUCACAUCAUCACCAUGGCAACAUGAGCGACAGCAGCGCUGCACCUGCUGCAGGCACGACAGAUCCCGAGCGAUCCGAUUGGCUCACUGAUUGCCAACAGGUAGUAAAAAAACAAUACUCGUUUAUUCUGUAAACAAAACCUGCCCUCUGUUAUGUCACGAAGGGGCGGGCCCAUCACGCUGUCGCGCUGCCUUUGAAUCCUGACCAUGGUCUCUGAUUGGUGGAGAGUUUUAUCGAUGACUGGUUGUGCCACAGGUGAGUGAAAGAGCUCACCUGUGUACCUGAGGUGAUUGUACGAGUGCGUCUGUUUUAUUAUUUUGUGUAAAUCUGAACAAAGAUGAAUUUUAUUGUUAAUGUAUUCAUAGUUUCUGUGGUGAGGGGGGCGGGCUGCAGGUGGCGCUAACACGCAGUGUGGACCACCAGACAGAUGAACCUUGCAUAUAAAUGCUUUAUACCCAGGGACUCUGGGAAAUGUAGUUAUUUAACAGAGCAGGUUGUCCCAGCUGUGAUGCGUUCGCUGACGUCACGUGUCAGAGAGCUUCUGUCAGAGCGUCUGUGCUGCUGUUCAGACGAUGAAUAAAGCGUCCUGAUGUUUCGC